AUGAAACUACUGAGCCCGCUGAGGGCUUUGGUACUCGCCCUCAUCAUGGCACUUGCCGAAUCAGCUGGAGAAGCUGACUACACGCUAGACGAUUCAUUUUGGAAUGAAGAAAGCCCAGUUGGUGAAGUGGAGCGUCUGCUGAAGGAGCACCAGCAAAACCAGGAGCUAGUGGAUAAGAUCGGUAGCAGCUACUACCAGAUCAUCUAUCCCGUGCAGCUGCGCCAUCACGAGAAGAUGGGCAUCUCGACGCGCGAGGUCAACCAGCCAAAGGUACGCUAUCGCUUCCGCGAGUCGACCGACGCGAACCGGACUCGCGCCCGUAAAUCUUAUUAUAAUGAAGCUAAUAGUGCUGUUUAUGGUGGUGUUGAGGCGAGUGGGACGUUUCCACAGCGUGGCUACGACGGUGGCUACUCGGGCAGUGGCGGAGGUCGUGGACGAUCGAGGACGGGGAAGCAUUUUCAUCGAACAUCACUUUUGAUAAAAGCUUUUAAUCAUAAAUUUCGAUUAGAUUUGGAAUUAAAUACACAAUUACUAGCUCCUAACAUUGUACAGAAGCACUAUCUCCCUAGCGGGUUCGCUCAGGAUUCACAUCGAGAAAUUGAACACUGCUACUACCACGGCACGGUAAAGGACUACCCGGGAGCUAGUGCAGCCUUCCACACCUGCAACGGUGUCAGCGGUGUGAUACACGUCGGUAAUGAAACGUUUGUUAUUCAUCCAUUUUACGGAGGCGAUUUAUCGCAGAAACAUCCACAUGUUAUAUUUGAAGCACGUACAAAAUCAAAUAAAGGCUGUGCUAAUUCCGGCAACCUCGAGUGGCGGACGCGCUCGAUACGCCGCGGCAGCAGCCAUCACGCCGGCCUGGUGGAGCUGACCGAUCGCAACGGGGCGGGCCGGUACAGGCGGGACGUGCGCGAAACCACCAAGUACAUCGAAACGGCCCUCAUCAUCGACAAGGCGAUGUUCCAGAAGCGCAACGGCAGCACCCGGACGGAGGUAGUGCACGACGCCAUACAGGUGGCCAACAUUGCCGACCUGUACUUUCGAACGCUGAACACACGCGUGUCCGUUGUAUAUAUCGAGACAUGGCAGGGCCAGAACCAGGCCCAGAUUGACGGUGGGAAAGAUAUUAGUAAAGCAAUAUCUAAUUUUAACGACUAUACAUCUAGGAAUUUAUAUAAAAUAGAUAAAGAUACGACCCAGCUGCUCACCGGUGAAACAUUCGCCGGUGGCGAGGUCGGCAUGUCCGUGCCGGAAACCGUGUGCACACCGAAGGCGGUCGGCAUUAGCGUCGACAUGAAUCCCUAUGAGCCGCAUCUGCUCGCCGGAACGAUGGCGCACAUGAUAGGACACAACAUCGGCAUGGGCCACGACGACAACCGUGAUGAGUGCAUCUGCCGCGACUGGCACGGUUGCAUCAUGUCGCAGUCAAUUGUCGGCCUGGAGAACGUCCAACCGUACAAAUUCUCCGAGUGCAGCCGGUUAGACUACAUCGACGCCCUGCGGAUCGGGCACGGUCUCUGUUUGCUCAACAAGCCGAACGAGGUUGAGCUCCGGAAGAACUGCGGCAACGGGAUCGUCGAGGACGACGAGGAGUGCGACUGUGGCAGCGCGCUCGACUGCGACAAGACGGAUCCCUGCUGCGACGGCAUCACGUGCAAGCUGAAAAAGGAGUCCCAGUGCGCCACUGGUCCAUGCUGUGAUAAAUGUAUUCUAAAGCCUCCGGGCGUCAUCUGUCGGGAUGCGCACAACGAGUGCGACCUGCCCGAGUACUGCAACGGCGAGUCCGGCCAGUGCCCGCCCGAUGUACAUAAGAAGAACGGCAACCCGUGCGGCAUGAACUCGACCGGGUUCUCCACAGGAUACUGCUUCAACGGAGUGUGCCCGACGCAGGCGGCACAGUGCGAGCGGGUCUGGGGCUACAGUGGCACCGGAGCUGAUCGCGUCUGCUACGAGCAGUUCAACUCGAAGGGCUCCAUCAACGGCCAUUGCGGCAAGGACAGCAAUGGCAACUACAUCAAGUGCGAGCCGGAGAACAUCCAGUGCGGUUCGUUGCAGUGCAAAGAUGGCGACCGCACGCCAGUCGAGGAUUGCAGCGAGCACCUGUACUCACGGGCAAUCAUCUCCAUCCGCGGCACGGAGUACGAAUGCAAAUCGAUCACCGGUACGUCCACCAACUCCAACACGCCACCGUUCGGCCUGGUACGCGAUGGUACCCCGUGCGGCGAUAAUCUGAUCUGCGUCAAUCAGACCUGCGUCAGCAUCUUUCCUUACAUCGAUCAAACCAAAUGUCCGACGAAUCACAACAAUCUCGAGUGCUCCGGCAACGGGGAUUGUACUAACACUAACAAGUGCUUUUGCAAGUUCGGUUGGACGGGUCCGGACUGCUCAAUACAGGCGCAUAUCACUACGACGUACUCGUCGCCGGUCACGUCCACCACGGAGGCCCAGAUCGUCAUGGAGAAGAAAACGACUCGUUACGCCAACUAUCACGGCUCAA